UUGUUUGUAUUCGUAUAUCCAGCUGUCCCUUGCUCCCAGACAAAUUUCUCCUGGAAGACAAAGAGAAACCUCAAACCUUGAGCUGACAUGGACUGUAACGACUGAACCAAGAGUCACCUUCCGACGUCGUCACCAUGUGAUUUGAAGGAGCUCCACGUGGUUUUUCCAUCAGCAUGAGUGUCUCUCUGCUUCUUCUCGUGGGCCGCCUGGCCUGCUCUACAGUUCUCCUCUCAGCCACCAAGGGUCCGUCUCCUACCACCUCACCCUCCAAGCUGAAGUACCUCCUGGAGCCGCCUGUGUACGCGGAGGUGGUCGGUCGCCGGGGCGAGAAUGCCACCUUGCCGUGCGUCCUGAAAAGCAAGCCCGACCACUACAAGGUCAAGUGGACCAAGCUGGAGCCGGGACGCGUGGGUCCCGAGAACAUCGUCAUCAUUUCCAACGCGCACGCCUUCAAGCGCCACGGGCGGCUCGGCCCGCGGGCGUCCCUGCGGCGGGCCCACAACAUGGACGCCUCCCUGCGGCUCGCCGCGCUGCAACUGCGAGAUGGCGGCACGUACCGAUGCGAGCUCAUCGACGACACGGAGGACGAGAGUGUGGCGGUCACGCUGAGGAUCGAAGGUGUAGUUUUCCCGUAUCAGAGUCAAAAGGGCCGCUACAGGAUGACUUUCCACCAGGCUGAGGCGGCGUGCGAGGAGCAGGACGCCACGCUCGCAACCUACGAACAGCUCUACAGAGCCUGGACGGAGGGUCUGGAUUGGUGCAAAGCGGGCUGGCUGCAGGACGGAAGCGUGCGAUACCCCAUCAUCAGCCCUCGGCCCGCCUGCGGCGCACAAACGCGUCCCGGCAUUCGCAGCUACUCCCCCAAAGACAAGAACAGAGACCGCUUCGACGCCUUCUGCUUCACCUCUUUGACCGCAGGUUCCGUCUUCUACAUCCCAGGCGCGUUCUCCCUGGAGGAGGCCGGGCGGGCGUGCGGACGUCGGGCCGCCGAGCUGGCGCUGGUGGGCCAGCUGUACGCCGCUUGGCGUUUCCGAGGCUACGACCGAUGCGACGGCGGAUGGCUGAGGGACGGCAGCGUGCGCUUCCCCAUCGGCACCCCCAGGGCGCGCUGCGGCGGCAUCCCCGAACCGGGGGUGCGCUCCUUCGGGUUUGCCAAUAAGACGUCGCAUCUCUACGGAGCUUAUUGCUAUAGGUAGUCACAAAAAAUAUAUAAUAAAAAAUAAUCACAUAGGGACCACUCCAUUCUUUCUCCCGACCCACCCGGCAUUUACUACAAGAUCGAAAAUCAUGUAAUAUUUGUUGCAUUCAUUUCGAUGUUUUUGUGUGCUUAAUGUAGGUUCAUGCAAAUGUAUCUAUUCAUUUCUCUCAUUAAAUAAUGGUUAAUUGAUUUGUUUUAAAUAAUAAAGCCACCAAGAAUUUUCAUUAUCAAGAGUUCUGAAAUAGGGUUUCCCACCCCCUAAAUUGUUUCAUUAACAUAUAUCUAUUUAUUUCAUUUAUUUUAUUCAUUUAUCACACUAGAUACUCAGUUCACUGAUUGUUAAUACCAACAUCAUACAUUUAAUUUUUUAAUUAAAAUGUAUUUUGUAAAUUGGUUAAUAAGUUAAAAACUAUGAAAAUAACGUUGAUUUAUUCAAAUUUUUGUAUAAAUUACAUAUGUAUUUCAACUUUUAUUUAACCUCAUACCCUGUAAAAUCCUUUGGAUUUAUUUAGCUAUUUUCUAUUAAAUUGUUUCAUUAAAAUGUACCAAUAAACUCAUUUGCAUUAAUUUAGCCCAUUCAAUAAUUGGUUCAUUUCAUAUAUACAAAUAUAAAUGCGUACAAUUACAUAUAUAUAUAUAUAUGUGUGUGUGUGUGUGUGUGUGUAAGUAUAAGGUUUGUCCCAUUCCUGCCAAUGGCUUUGAUGCUGUGUAUAAAAUAAAAAUGCACAGAACACUAAGAAUAUUGAGCUAACAAUAAAAAGCAAAGCACAAGUGCCCCACCAUGUUUGCUUUAAUAAAAUAGAACCCUUUUUGUGACCAAAAAAAACCACAAACAAACAUCAUUCAUAUGCGACAGCGAUGCUAAAAUUGCUUGUUGACAUGACUGAGGUGCUUUUGAAUUACAGCGUUUUUUUAUUUGGAAAAAACUAAGGUUAGUUCCAGUGUGGAAAAUGGUGGCUGGAUGGUCAACUUGGACUUAAUGUGCAGGGAGCGAAGGGCUGCUUUGUGUGUGAACCACCGUGACCGC